GAAAUCCCCAAGCUCUGAUCCUAUAUCUCCGAAACCCUUCUUGUCAUUCACAACUAUGGAGUCCUCUUUCUCGUUUCCGACCACGGCUCUCGCUAGCAUGCUCUUUGCCCUCGCAAUCUUUCUCUAUCGCCUUGCUUCGCUACUGAUAACAGCCAAAAAUAACAGAGCAAGUGUCGACGGCCAUGGAGAAGCCUCCUUGCCAGAAGCUGGCGGCGCGUGGCCUUUGAUCGGCCAUCUCCAUCUCUUAGGAGGCCCCACGCCGCCCCAUAUAGUCCUAGCAAACAUGGCUGACAAGUACGGGCCGAUCUUUACAGUCAAGAUAGGUGUUCAUCGAGCAUUGAUAAUUAGUAAUUGGCAGAUAGCCAAGCAGUGUCUUACCGUAAACGAUAGAGCCUUCGCGAGUCGACCCAAGUCUAUUAGCUCUGAGGUCAUGGCCUACGAUUAUGCCAUGUUUGGCCUUGCUCCUUAUGGCCUUUAUUGGCGCCAUGUGCGGAAGAUUGCCAUGCUGGAGCUCCUCUCCAACCACCGUCUGGAAUUGCUCAAGCACGUCCGGGAGUCGGAGGUCCAGGCAUCGAUAAACCACUUGUAUAAGCGAUAUGUGGAAAACUAUGAUGGCGCACCAAAGAAGGUGUUGGUCGACAUGAAGCAAUGGUUUGGCGACAUAACUCUCAAUGUGAUUUUUAGGAUGAUAGUUGGGAAACGGUAUGAGGACGAACGAGACGAGAAGGGUCGAGAGGCUUUGAGGGACUUCUUCGAUUUGGCGGGGAGGUUCGUAGUGUCCGAUGCGUUCCCGAUUUUGAGGUGGUUGGAUUUGGACGGGUACGAGAAGAAGAUGAGGAAGACGGGCCAAGAGCUGGACCGUGUGGUUCAAGGAUGGCUAAACGAGCACAAAAGCAGAAGGAACACUAACGAGAGAUAUGGUAAUGACAAGGACAGUGACCAGGAUUUCAUGGACGUGCUGCUCUCCAGUGCAGAUGCUGCCAAAGAGCUUCCUGAUUACGAUGCCGAUACUUUCGUUAAAGCAACAUGCAUGGCACUUAUCUUAGCUGGCUCUGACACUACCUCAGUCUCUCUAACAUGGGCCUUGUCUUUGUUACUCAACCAUCGUGAAGUCCUGAAGAAGGCCCAACAUGAACUAGACACACAAAUCGGCAAAGAGAAGCUAGUAAAUGAAUCAGACCUCAAGAAUUUGGUCUACAUCCAAGCCAUCAUCAAGGAAACCCUACGUUUAUACCCGGCAGGCCCACUUGGCAUCCCGCACGAGUCCAUGGAAGACUGCACCGUGGAUGGCUAUCACAUCCCAAAGGGCACUCGUCUCCUCUUUAACUUUUGCAAAAUCCAUCGUGACCCGCAUAUAUGGGCGGACCCUCUAGAAUUCUGGCCGGAGAGAUUCUUGACCACCCACAAAGAUUUCGACGUGCGAGGUCAAAAUUUCGAGCUGAUACCGUUUGGAAGCGGUCGGAGAAUGUGUCCCGGAAUCAAUUUAGCCAUGCAACUAAUGUCGCUGUCUCUUGCCGCCCUUCUGCAUGGGUUCGACAUUGCAACAUUGGCAAAUGAGCCGGUUGAUAUGGCUGAGGCAAUCGGAAUGACGAAUCUCAAAGCCACCCCACUUGAAGUCCUUGCGACUCCACGGCUUCCCGAGCACAUAUACCGAUGACUCUCUAGAAAUGGUGAAAUGUGCGGGCUCUCUAUCUCCUCUAGAUGUCUAGUUGUGAAGGUAGUGAACUAUGUCUCUACAAAUAAGUUGAAGACAUUAUCGAUAUAUGGAUAAUUCAUUAGUCGACAGUUUCACUUUGGAGCAUGCUUGAUCAU